AUGGAUUACCCAGGCUUCCAGUCGCCUCUGGUCGCCGACGACCUCAUCGGCACCCUGAAGAACCACAAUCACUCCAAGGUUCCGGAGGCCGGCGGAAGUCAUCGUGACAAGUCGUCAUCCGUCUACAGCCUAAUUUACACUUUGAUCCCUUCCGUCCUCAUUGCCUUCAUCCUGCUUACCACCUUUGUUUUCCUCCGAAGCAAGCUCCGGCGCUUGUAUGCCCCGAGAACCUUCAUCGAUACCCUGACAGAGCAAGAAAAGACUCCAAGAGACCCUGACACGAGGCUGGCCUGGAUCAAAUACUUCACCACUUUCGAAGACACCGACCUUCUCAACUGGCAGUCCCUGGAUGCUUACCUUUACGUGCGCUUUUUCAAGAUCAUUGUCGUCACGUGUUUCUUUGGCUUCCUGCUCGUUGGCUCCGUUCUCAUUCCUAUCAAUGCCACUGGAGGAGGCGGACAGAAGCAACUCGAUAUCCUGUCAUUCAGCAAUGUCAAGGAUCCGAAGCGCUACUGGGCCCAUGCCAUUGUGGCAUGGGUCUUCUUUGGCUUCGUUCUGUUCAUGAUCACCCGGGAGACCAUUUUUCUCAUCCACUUGCGCCAGGCUUAUCUACUCUCGCCCUGGAAUUCGAGCAAGAUCUCCUCCAGGACUGUCCUCUUCACUUCGGUGCCCAAGCACUACUGUGACAAGCAAAGGAUCAAGAGCCUCUUUGAUGAAGUCAAGACAGUCUGGCUUGUGGAAGAUUUUAAGGAGCUGGAAGACAUGAUUGAGAAGAUGGACAAAGUCGCGUUGAAAUUGGAGGCUGCUGAGAUCAAACUCAUCAAGACCGCCAAUGCGAAGAGGUUGAAGAUGAUCAAGGACCCUCACGCGAACCCUGACGAUCACGACACAGACCAUUGGUUGGCCAUUACGCGCCGUCCGAAGCACAGACACGACAAGUUCGAUUUCAUCUGGGGAAACAAGUUCGACACGAUUGCAGAGUGCCAAGAGGAAUUGCGCAAGAUGAUCCCAUCCGUCAAGGCUGCCCAAAAGCUGCGCAUCGACGGCGACGCUAAGCUUCUUGGUGCCGUGUUCAUUGAAUUCGAGACGCAGUCCGCUGCUCAGGCCGCUUUCACUUUGGUCUCGUUCAAUCAUCCUGAGCGCAUUGUUCCCCGUCAGGUCGGAGUCCACCCCAAUGAAGUUCUCUGGAAGAACCUGCGUAUGUCUGACUGGGAGGCGCUUGGCCGGAAGCUGCUCGCUUUUGCAUUCGUUGUCAUCUUGACGAUUUUCUGGGGUAUUCCUGUUGCCUUUAUUGGUACCAUCUCGAACCUGAACUAUCUUUCGGAGAAGUUCAAGUGGCUCGCCUGGCUCAAGAACCUUAACGGCAAGCAAUUGGGUCUCUUGACUGGUCUUUUGCCCUCUCUGCUGCUGUCCUUUAUCCAGAGCUUGGUCCCUCGAUUUUACAGAUACAUUGCUCGACAGUCGGGUGCAGUCACGCUUUCUCAGGUCGAACUGCGCACGCAACAGUACUUCUUCGUAUUCUCGUUGAUCCAGGUCUUCCUCGUCACCACGUUUUCGUCUGGAGCAACAGCUGUGCUCGGUCAAAUCGCACGCGAACCUCGUUUGGCACCUGCUCUGCUGGCGGAGAAUCUUCCCAAGGCAUCCAACUUCUAUAUUUCGUACUUCGUCUUGUACGGAAUUGCUAUUAGUGCCGAGCAUGUAUUCAAUCCUCUCGGCUUGUUCUGGGACGAGAUUCUGCCCCGCAUCUGGCCUUAUGCUACGCCUCGAGAGUCCUUCAUCAAGUAUGUUACCCUGGACACUCCUGGUUACGGUUCAGAGUGCGCCAAGUGGGCGAACUUGGCAGUCAUCGCUAUCAGUUACUCGUGCGUUGCACCGCUGGUUCUCGGAUUCGCAACCGUCGGCUUCGUCUUCAUUUAUCUAGCCAUGCGGUACAACUUCUUCUACGUCUUUUCCACCGACAUCGACACGAAGGGUGCCUUCUAUGCGCAGGCCCUUCAGCAAUUGACUGUCGGCAUCUAUAUUGCCGAACUCUGCCUCAUCGGCCUGUUCUCGACCCGUAUCCAUGGCGACCUCAGCGCCAACGGACCGCUGAUCCUUAUGAUCAUACUCUUCUUCGCCACCAUUUUCUACCAGUAUCUCAUGCGGGAGACCCUUACGCCGCUCACCGAGCUUCUGCCUCGCAACCUCCUUGCCGAGACCGAAGCAGAUUACGAGGCCCGCAUCUCUUCCGAAUCUGCCUCUGCCUCGAACGCCCAGAACGGCAACAACAAGAAGGACAAGAAGAACCAGAAGAAGGAUAACGGCACUCGCAACGACCAAGCCGCCAGCCAGCACCCGGAAACGCAGCCGCUCCUCGCGCCGGACCACGCCGCGCGCGCAGGCAUGACCCAACACCGCGCGGGCUCGAUCCACCACCCGUCGCGCAUCAACGACAUCUACGGGCACGAAAAGUACAAGAAGGUCAAAGACAACUUCCAGCGGUGGUUCGCGCCGCACUCGCAGUCGCCCGCCGCGCUAGCGUCGACGCUGCACCCGUCGCUGCGCGAGCCCGUGCCCCCCUACCCGGAGGACCUAGCCAAGCUAGCCUUUGUCAACCCGGCCAUUACGCGCGAGCCGCCUACGCUGUGGAUCGUGCGCGACGAGAUGAAGAUUAGUGAGCGCGAGAUCGGCGAGGCAAGGAGGGAGGUGGAUGGGUUGGAUGUUAGGGAUGAUGGCGCGUGGUUGGAUGAGAAGAAUGUCGUGCAGUGGGAGAAGGAGAGGUUGAGGGAUAUGCCGCUUUGGCAUGGUAGGGUGGUUUAUUAG